ACUCAUGCGUCGAAUUAUACGGGUUGGUUGCCUAGGUACCAUGAGGACAUGUAAUAUGUUUUGACGUAAACAAACUUCACUUGUAGAAGUUUAAUUGUGCUCUAGAAAAAGUCAUUUGUUUAUGAUAAAUAAUUGCUUUAAUAAGCAGUAAAAUGACAUCACUUGAUUUAAGACAACAGAAGCUUGAACAACAGAGACAAUUAAUUGCACAAAAAAUGAAACAAAAAAGACAAAGUGGUGCUGGUGGUAUGGUGCAGGCAUCAAAUAUAUCCACUACACAAUUUACAAGUCAUACUAUGAAAUGGAUUAAUCCUAAUAAAGAACUUCAUGGAUACGAUGGACCUUUACAGUUCACAAUGUCCCAAACAAAUCCAGAUAUUGGAAUAUUUUCUGAAAACAAACCUAUAGAAACAGAAAUUAGUGAAGCAAGUUCUGAAAUAGCAUUCUAUGAAGGUACGGAAGCUAGAGAAUGUGCAGAUGAAGAAUCAUCUCCUGUAGAUUUGCAUUCUCCUUCAGAAUCUCUGCCAUGUUCUUCGCCUCUUAAAAUAGCACCAUCAGAAGUAACUCGUGCACUUAUCAAUAGAGACAAUCAUUCUACUAGUCCAGAACUAGAAGGUAAUGUAGAAGGAAAUAUAGAACAAUUUGUAUUACAACCAGCAAAUAAAAAAAUGCAUUAUAAGUGUCGUAUAACACGUGAUAAAAAAGGUAUGGACCGUGGUCUCUACCCUACUUAUUUUUUACAUCUUGAGCGUGAUUAUGGGAAAAAGAUAUUUUUGCUGGCUGGACGCAAGAGGAAGAAAAGUACAACAAGUAAUUAUUUAAUUUCCACGGAUCCCACAGAUCUUUCAAGAGGUGGUGAAUCUUAUAUAGGAAAAUUAAGAUCUAAUCUCCUUGGAACCCAAUUUACUGUUUACGACAAUGGAUAUUCAUUAAUGAAAGAUUGUAAGAGAGAUGAGCGUUUUAAUCCACGACAAGAAUUAGCUGCAGUAGUAUAUGACACAAACGUCUUAGGAUUUAAAGGUCCUCGAAAAAUGACCGUUAUUAUACCUGGAAUGACGCCUGAUCAAAAACGAGUUGAAAUUUGUCCACGGGAUGAAACAGAAACAUUGCUUGAAAUUCAUUUUAUGAUCAUUUCAGAACGUUGGAAAAUGAAAAAUAUGGAUAAUUUAAUAGAAUUACAUAACAAAACUCCUGUGUGGAAUGAUGAUACACAAUCAUAUGUAUUGAAUUUUCAUGGUCGUGUGACACAGGCAUCUGUUAAAAAUUUUCAAGUCGUACAUGACAGUGAUGUGGACUAUGUUGUUAUGCAAUUUGGACGAGUAGCUGAAGAUGUCUUCACUAUGGAUUAUAGGUUCCCACUUUGUACACUUCAAGCUUUUGCAAUUGCUUUAAGUAGUUUUGAUAGUAAACUAGCAUGCGAGUAAAAGUGAUAUCUAUAUGAAAAUAUGAAGAGGAUUAAAGAAUUGGAACCAAAGUUAUGAAUAAAACAAAGUCACACAAAUCUUUUUCAGAACUUGCAUGAUAUGAAAGCAAUGAAACAAAUUUGUUUAUAUAUUUUGAAAUAUACACAAAAUGGGUUUGUUAUAUUUCAUAUGUAAUAUUUAUAAUUGAAAUAUGUGAAACAGAAAACAAACAAAGAAGGAAGAAAUUAAACAUGGAUUUUGUGUAUUUAUGCAACAAAUAUUUGAGCACAUUUAAAAAGUUUUAACAAAAGAUUGACUACACUACCAUACUUGACAUAGCACAUAAGAAAAAAGAAUAAUCUACUAGAAAUCAAAUAUAAUAAGAAUGAAAAUCAAUUUAUGCCUUAAUUCUCAAUUCAAUUGUGACUGGCAUAUAUCUAAAAUUAUGUUGUUGUCUAUAUUUAAGACAAAAGCUUAUAAUAGACAAUCAAAAUUAAAAUAUUUCGGUGCUAAUUUGAUAAAUAUUCACCGUAUAAGAGUUGUUUUAUAAAAAAGACUUAACAAAAAAAAGAAAAAAGAAAAAAAAACAAAAAUGUGCUAGAAACUGUGUGUGUUCAGCUUUUCUAUUUAUAUACACAGUAUGUAAUCUUUUUUUAAUAUCAUAUAACAAAUUUAUACUUAUGUUCUCUUCUUUGUAUUUAAGUUAGAACUGAAGUACUUAGUACGAUAUUACAUAAAAUAUAAAACGUAUUUCUCUUUCACAUUAAUUAAAAUACUAAUAUUUCAUAAGGUUUAUUAAUAUAAUAGGAAAAAACAGUUAAAAUAUUUGUACUACUGCCUCUCAUUAGCUAAAAAUUUGUUUUUAAAAUGAGUGUGUAAUCCAUAAUUUAUUCUAAUAAUCACAUAUAUCACGAAUAUUGCAAGUUCUUCUAGCCAUGUAUCUUAGAAAAUUCAUAAAUGAAUUUCGAUAUAUCAUAGCUUUGUAAAUGAAAGCACAGUAGUAUUUUUUAAUUAUCUGCAUUAAUUUUUAGUUAUGACAAAAUAUAUAUUAUAUACAAGGCUUUUAAUGUGUACCUGACGUACGAUCUAUAUAAAAAUAGCAUCAGUUUUAUAUAAUAUUUAAUAUUUAAUUAUUCUAUAUAUUUUAAUUUUAUACACACACACAUAUAAUCUUUCAUAUGUAUAUUCUUUUAAUUCUUUUAUAUUAUGAUUGUUUUCAUUGCAUUUAUUUGAUACUGAUAUAAAAUAGCAUUGCACAACGUUAAUAUUACAAGAGAUGUAAAAAUACGUUUAUUAUGCAAUAGUUAGCUAAAAUACAGUACAGUGCUGCUCCAUUUAUCAAAAUAAUUAUUAGAAACAAAUUAGUUUGUAUCCCAAUGUAAAUUUUGAUAAAUAUUUACCUUUCUUCUUGAUACAAGUAUGUAAUAUGACUUAUAUAAGAUUUGGACAAUAAUACAUCAUAUAAUAAUAUUUUAUCUCUUUCUGAAAUAUUUAAUAAAUAUUUACUAUAAAUUGGAAAGUUCUUUAUUGUUUUUACAAGUAUCUGUAUAUUUAAUUAUACAGUACAUAGGUGAUAUAUAACUACAGUUAAAGUAGAAUUAAUGUAUUAAUUAAUAUAAUAAUGGAUUUAAUUUGUCUUAAUUUGCUUAAUAAAAUAUUAUAAUAAACAGAUUUCUCUACACUGUACUGUAUAUUAGAAUUA